AAAUAUGUCAAAAUGGCUUUCUACACUGUUUGCGUUCGUGUUUACUUUACGAUUUUAACUCACAAAAUGGACUUUAAAUCUAAAUAGUGUGUUUAUUUGAGUGUUGAACUAGUUAUGUUACACAACAGUGGGCCUUACGGGCCGAACGAUGUACCUAUAAAUAUGGGAAUGCCUGUGAAUAUGGCUCAAAUGUCAAAUCCAAUGAAUUUAGGGCAAAACUUGAGUAACUUGCCCAAAAUGCCUCAACAAGCACCUGAAACUGCAGCCCCUGUUUACGAUAUACCGGAUUAUCGAUCAUUCGGUCACCCGCCGUUCAAUAUGGGGCAUCCCAUGAGCCCUUUUCCAAAUUAUCAUCACCUGAACUUUGAAACAAACUAUGUCCAUCCAAAUCCUAAUUUGCCACAUAAUACGACGCCAAGCAGUCUUGAAAACAACAUUCUGCCCAUGAAUUUGAAUACACACAGCGAACACGGGCCUAGUUUGAUGAAUUACCACAAUUCGGAAAGCAAAAAGUUCGAUGUAAACAACUUGCAUUACAUUGAGAGUCUCAGUCGGAAGGUACCAAUAAAUAUACCUCAAUCACAUACUAAAGCGUACCAAAAACAUCAAGGACUGGAGACAAAUCAUGCUCAGUAUAAUACAGUACAAGAAAAUCCAUUCUACAAUUCAAUAAAAGUACCAGAAAAAUCUUUGAUUGACGCUAAUAGAAGAAAAAGCUUAGAGAAUACUGUGAAACUUAUUGAAGAUAUACUUAUAAAUAGUACACCUAAAGAUAAGUUAAAAAAUGUGAAUACUGAAUCUAUUUUAAAUAACACAUUAAACAAAUCUAGUUUGGAUAUGAGAAACACGAAAUUACAUAGAAUAGACGAAGAGUUACAAAGCACAAAUGUUAAUUUAAGUCAUAAUAUAAGCACACAUGACUCUAAUUCCAAUACCGAUUUGCUAAGAAAAAUAUUGGAAAUUAAAGAUACAAAAUCUGAAAUCCAUGGUUUAAAUUUGACCAGUAAUAACUCCCCAACCAAAUCUAUUGAUUUAAAUACAAAACUACAAAAUCUGGAACAAGAUCAUACUAAAACAAAGAAAACGGUCAUUAAUGAAUUGCCCGAUGAUUUUAGUAAAACUGACAAUGAAAUAACUAAAAUACAGAGCGAAAUUCAAUGCAAACCUUUAAGACGGAGUCUUAUAAAUAAUAACCAGACGGAAAAAGAGGAAAGACAGAGAGAGGAUGGGUCUGUUUCAGAGAAAGAAGACUUAAUAGCAGAAGUUGACAUUAAGAAUGAGAUUAUUGAAGAUGUUGUCCACGUAAAGAUGGAGCUGGUGGAAUGCAACAAAAGCCAGAGUCGACCAUUCCUAAAAGACAGUAACGCUAUACCGAGAGAUGUUAUAGACGCUGAUGCAGUUAUAAUUGAUGAGAAUAAUGUGGCAGUAGCUAAGGAGGCUGCGAAAAAGGGCUCAAAUCCAAAGACCUACUUCGAAUGCUCACACUGUGGGGUCGUCUUUAGACACCCGAAGCGGUUCCUGGUCCACACGAGAUGGCACACGUUCGGAUUGACCAGCGAGACGAGACACAGAAUGGAGAAAGAGAGAGAGCUCAAGAAGAGUAUGAAGAGAGAAGCUAGGAUCGUUGAAAGAUUGAACGCCAAAGAAGUGAAAGAUGGCGCCGAGGGCGAAGCGCACCCGUGUAAGGACUGCGACAAGGUGUUUUCAGUUAAAAGCAGCCUCAAAAACCACCGGCAGAAAUAUCACCCGACUAGAGUGCGCGAGUGCAAAAUAUGCAAGGCGUCGGUGACGGGGUGGAUGGCGCUGCGCGCGCACGUGGCGGCGCACGCGGCCGGGGCGGCGCCGGGGCACGCGUGCCCCGAGUGCCCCAAGCGGUUCAAGUACGCGCACUCGCUCGCCAAACACAGGGACACACAUCUGGAAAAAACACAUAGCUGCGAGCAAUGCUCGAAGAAAUUCGGGUCGCAGGCGCUACUGAAGAUGCAUAUGAAGUGCCAUGAGCGGGCCGCCAGGGGCGCCACCUACAGGUGCACUUACUGCGGAAAAGGCUUUUUCGAGAGCUACAACUUGCAGGUGCACGAAAGAACACAUCGCAACGAACGCCCCUUCACCUGCGAUAUCUGCAAGACCAGCUUCGGAACCAAUUCUAGUCUCAAGCGGCACAUUAAAGUGUCUCACAGUACCUCAAAACCCUACACCUGCGAAACAUGCCACCGGAGCUUCGCGUCUAGCACAACUCGCGCGCGGCACACGGCCCGCGCGCACGGCGACGCCUCCGCCUUCCCCCACAAGUGCACGCUCUGCCCGAGGCAGUAUAGUGCCCUAAAGGAGCUGCAGAGACAUAUAGGGAAGACGCAUAAGGAAGAAAGAGAUAGGGGAGAAAUAGGGUAA